AGAAGUCAAAUUAUAAUGCUAAACUUAAGCAUAGAAAGCCGCAGCAGCAGAUGUUGGAGGCUGCUCAGGAGAUUGCCAUUUAUAUUCAUCGGUUUCACAAUCUUGACCUGUUCCAGCAAGGAUGGUAUCAGAUUAAGAUUACAAUGAGAUGGGAGGAUGGCAUUUCUGAUUCAGUUGGAACUCCAUCACGAGUUGUUCAGUAUGAAGCUCCUGACUCCAGUUCUGAUAAUGUAUAUGGAGUGUGGAGGAUUGAUGACAAAGACCACAGUUUCUACACACCACCUUUCAGAAUAAGAUAUGCAAGGCAGGAUAUCCUUCUCUUAUUGAUGGUCUCUUUCAACUUAUCUCUUGCCGAAUAUGAGGGACCAUCUUCAUCUGCCGUUAUUCUGAAAUUUGAGCUCUUGUAUGCGCCUGUGUCGGAGAACAGGUGUGAUUUGCAGGGCUCAUUAGACAUAUGUCCCACUGCAGUCCAUGAAUUUCGAAUUCCUCCUAAGGCUCUUCUUGGACUCCAUUCUUAUUGCCCUGUUCAUUUUGAUGCUUUCCAUGCUGUACUCGUUGAUGUAAGUGUACACAUCUGCCUAUUGCGAAGUGGUUUGCACACCUCCUCAUCAAACGGGCCAAGCGGUUCUUGCAAGAAUAAUGUUGCAGUUGAAGACUAUGAUAAGUCAAAGCAAGCAAUACUUGUUAAAGGAUUUUUGAAUGCUCGUGACAUACUUCUUGAAGAGCUACAAAAAAUCAGCAAGGCUAUUAAUCAGGCUAUCAAUGUAAAUGAUUUUGCUUCUAAACAUGAGGUUAAAGAAUUGUUAAGUUUCCCCACAGAUGCAGAUUCAGCAAUAGAUGCGAAUGCAGUUUCAGGACAGGCUCAAAGCAAAAGGCAGCAUGUUUCUAAGAAACCAAACAACAUAUCUGAAGAAGUCCUGCAUUCUCUACCUACUGAGGAACUGCUCAGCCUGUUUAUUUGCUUUGGCAAUCAAGUUGUUUACUUAUGGGGUGUAUUUCAGAAGUUUCACAGGGCUCACAAAACAUCAAUUCUGGAUUUCCUUAGAGAACAAUGGCUAUUGAUCGAAGAACAGAAUGGUCAAUAUGGAUGAUCUAUUCUAAUGUUGAGAUGCCACACCAAUACAUAAGUAGUGAUGUUGAUAAAUCGUUUUACCUUCGUACUCAUGGAAGAGCACGUGUUCUGAAGAAGCUUACUGAAGAUCCUGCUCAUGCUGCAGCUAUGCGUGCUGAUCUUCACCGGCGGAGUAUAGCACAAAUGAGAAUUAAUCAUUCUUCGAUUCAAGACAUGCACAUAUUUGGAGAUCCAUCACGCAUUCCAAUUGUGACUGUAGAACGUGUUAUAAAUGCACCAUUGCGCACAACAAGUGUUUUUCAUAUUUCAUUCAUAGGGAGGCAAAGGAUACUAACAUCGCAGAUUCUGGGUUUGGCUCUAAAGCUAUAAAUAAAUUAACUGAUGGAAGCCCAAGGCAAAAUGCUCGUGUUCUAAAAGUUGUUGUCUUCGUCCAUGGAUUUCAGGCAAUGGAUAUCAUCUUAUUGUGCAUUACAUUUUUGGAUUUUGUAUUCUUUAACCUGUUUUCUGCAA